AUGAGCGCCACUGAAGCAGCGGAGCCCACCGCCGCCGCCGCACCUGCUCCUCGCCGCAUCCCAGGCCUGUCGGUUCCUUCCACCGCCCCACAGCAAGCGCCCAAGCCCCGCAAGCGCAGCAGCAAGCACAAGGUCCCGCUCGCGGGCGCUCUCGAGCCGUCGGCGACCUCGGGCCCGCAGGAUUCGAGCCUCGACAAGCGCGAGGCGGCCAUCGCCGAGGUCCCCGUCGAGGACGACGACCUCGUCGUCGAGGAGAAGAAGACGAACGCCGUCGAGGCGUGCCACAAGCGCAUCCGUGCCACCACCAAGAAGCUUCAACGCAUCGAGGGCUACGAGGCCAGCGUCGGCACCCUCAACGCCGACCAGCAGCGUGCGAUCCAGGGCAAGCCUGCUCUCGAGGCCGUCGCUCGCGAGCUCAACGAGCUGCUCGUCAUCCUCAAGGCCGAGGAGGCGCAGGACGAGGAGCGCAACAAGCGCGUCGCCGCCGUCGAGGAGAAGAAGCAGUCGCGCGCCAUCGAUGCCGCCGUCCAGGUCGCCAAAACCGAGGCGCAGCAGCACCUGUCGCUCCUCUUCCAGUUCCUCCGCCUUCACGCCCUGUACAACCCGGCCGAGUCGGCCUUUGCUCCGCCCAUCCUGCCGCCCAUCGUCGCCAACGCGAAUGGCUCGGACGUCGCCGUCGUCCGCAUGCUCUUCGACGCGUUCUCGAACGGGCCUCUCCUCGGCGCCGACGACGGCGCGCUCGAGCGUCUCGCCAAGAUCUUCGACGGUCGCGACGAGGAGGUCCUGCCGGGCACCGGCGUCACGUACGCCCGCAUCCGCGAGCUCGUCCAUGGCCUCACGGCGCCGCCCGAGGACGCCCGCGCCGCGCCCGAGCCGACCGACGCCGUCGCCAACGAGUCGGUCGAGGACCUCGUCGCCCAGUCGAACGAGCCUGCCGCCAAGGCCGACUCGGUCGUUGCGCUCGUCGACGGCGCGACCGAGGAGGUGCACCCUCCUGUCCCGCAGUCGUCGUCGGCGCCCGCUCCGCCCUCGUUCAUGCAGCCGUCCGAGGUCGAGGCCGGCACCGCGCCGCAGGACGUCGCGACGCCGCCGGCCGACGAGAAGGUGCAGCACUGGGCGCAGGACAUCGCGCUCGAGGCGCAGGCUCCUCCCCCGAGCGGGCCGAGCACGCCCGCCCCGGACGCCAGCUUCGGCCGCGACACGCCGUCGACCUCGGUCCCGACGACGCCCACCUCGAUCGCUGCGCCGCCGAUCGCGCCCAACGGCUUUGCGCACCUCGAGCAGCCCCGGCCUCAGUCGCACCAGCAGUCGCAGCCGACGCUCGACUGGGCCGCCGAGGACGACGGCGACGGUGGCCUGCCUCACCUCGACGAGCUCGCGCCGCCCGUCCCCGUUGUGAGCCUGCCUGCGCCGUCGUCGACCGCCGCUCAGCCGGGCACCCCGGCCGGCUCGUCGGACGGCUUCCAGCCUGCUCGCCAGCCUCGCCGCACGGGCACCGGCCAGGGCGGUGCGCCUCGCGGCGGUCACCGCGGCGGCAGGGGCGGCUUCUUCCGCGGCGCUCGCCGUGGCGGGCCCGGCGGACCCGGCGGCGAGGGCCGCAGCGAGUCGUUCCAGCGUCGCGAGGGCGGCCAGCACGAGGGUGGGCAGCAGGAGGGCGGGCAGCAGCAGCAGCACCGUGGCCCGAGGCCUCCUCGCUUCGAGCACCGCGGCGAGAGCGGCGCCGGCAAUGGCGAGGGCAAGCCGCACGGCGGGCCGGGCGUGAGGGGCGGCAGGGGUCGGGGCGGUGGGCCUCGCGGGCGCGGCGGUCGCGGUGGAGCCAAUGGCAAUGGCGUGACGCAGGGUGCGGGUGCUGCUGCAGGUGGCGCUGCUGCUGGGCAGGCGGCGCCGGCGGCGAGUGCUUAGAUGUCGAGGACCUCGUCGUCGUUUCCCCUUUCCCUUUCCCUCUCCCUCACCCUCUCUUCCUCUCUUUCCUCUCUUUCCUCCUCUUUGUUCCACUCCGCCUUUCUACGCCGUGUCGCACUGCAGUCCCCUCUCUCGCUCUCUUCCCGUUCUGUCCCCCCUCUUGCGCGCGCGCACAGCAACGUCGCCACGGGCUUUCCGGUC